AUACAAUUUUUCAUGAAUUCCACCUCGUUACUUUGUGUAUUGAGGUUAGAUUACUGUACCACAUGGACGAAACAUUUAUUCUUAAGGCUUACUUUUGAAUUGUAAAUAAUUACAUUUGCUUGCAAAUAACGUAAGGAUGUCUGUGCCUGAGAAAGUUCUGAUGCGAAAAAUAAGGAAAAGAGAGAAGAAGAAGCUACAGAUAUUGAAGGAGCGAGAAAAGCAAGCACGAAAUGAAGAUGAAAUGGAACUUUCGAAUGGAUUCGAACAACAUUCCGCAAAUAACACUCCAAAAAAAAAAAAGAGAAAGAAAACUGAGGCUGAUGUGCCUCCAGGUACAGAUGAUAAAAAUGAAAAUAAGGAAACUGCGGAUUUACCUGGAUCAGCAAUAGGCUCUGAUAUAACAAAUGACACCAGUUUCAAAGUAUUAGAAACAUUGGUGUGCGAUAAUACUUUGAAAGCAAUCCAUGAUAUGGGUUUCAGAAAUAUGACUGAAAUUCAAGCGAAAGCAAUACCACCAUUGUUAGAAGGCAGGGAUUUAGUGGGUGCUGCUAAAACAGGAUCUGGAAAGACUUUAGCAUUUUUAAUACCAGCAAUUGAGCUAAUUUAUAAAUUGAAAUUCAUGCCUCGUAAUGGCACAGGUUGUGUUAUUAUAUCUCCAACACGAGAAUUGUCCAUGCAAACGUUUGGAGUUUUAAAAGAGCUAAUGAAAUAUCACUAUCAUACGUAUGGUUUGUUAAUGGGAGGUGCAAAUAGGCAAACUGAAGCUCAGAAACUUUCAAAAGGAAUUAACAUUGUUGUAGCAACACCUGGUAGAUUAUUGGAUCACCUGCAGAAUACAACAGACUUCUUGUUUAAAAAUCUUCAGUGUUUGGUUAUUGACGAAGCUGACCGUAUUUUGGACAUUGGGUUUGAGGAAGAGCUCAAGCAAAUUAUAAAUAUUUUACCAAAAAAGAGACAAACAAUGUUGUUCAGCGCUACGCAAACAAAAAAAACUGAAAUGUUAACAACUUUAGCAUUGAAAAAAAAACCGAUUUACGUUGGCGUUGAUGAUGAUAAGGAUAAAGCAACGGUUGAAGGUUUGGAACAGGGAUACGUGUGUUGCCCUAGCGAGAAAAGAUUCUUACUGUUAUUUACUUUCUUGAAGAAAAAUCGAAAAAAAAAAGUGAUGGUUUUCUUCAGCUCUUGUAUGUCGGUCAAGUAUCACAAUGAGCUUUUGAAUUACAUUGAUUUACCAGUAUUAAGUAUACAUGGAAAACAAAAGCAGACGAAGAGAACGACAACAUUCUUCCAAUUUUGUAACGCGACUUCUGGUAUACUUCUUUGUACCGACGUAGCAGCUCGUGGUCUUGAUAUUCCUGCCGUUGAUUGGAUCAUUCAAUACGAUCCACCCGAUGAUCCUAAGGAAUAUAUUCAUCGGGUUGGUAGAACUGCCCGAGGAGAAGGCAGCAGUGGACAUGCCUUAUUAAUUUUGAGGCCAGAAGAACUCGGUUUUCUCCGUUAUCUUAAACAAGCAAAGGUUCCGGUAAAUGAAUUCGAUUUUUCAUGGAAUAAAAUUGCGGAUAUCCAACUGCAGCUUGAAAAGUUAAUUUCCAAAAAUUACUUUUUAAACAUGUCAGCAAAAGAGGCAUUUAAAGCAUACGUGAGAGCGUACGACUCGCACCAUUUGAAGCAGAUUUUCGACAUUGAAACGUUGGAUUUGGCAAAAGUUGCGAAAUCCUUUGGUUUCCUUGUUCCACCAGCCAUAGAUUUGAAAGUGUCAGUGAGCAAGAAUUCACGACUUCGAUAUAUAAUUCGAGAUGGUUAUGGUUACUUUAAAACCAUGAAUAAUCUGGGUUCAGAGAAAAAAUUGCAUCGUAGUAAAACUUUCCGUCAGAAAAAAACGUCUAACAAUCAACAGUUUGCUAGAUAAUUAAAGUUAUCGCAUGUUUAAUAAAUCGAACGUUUUAACAUAACAAAAAAAGUACAGUACAUAGCAACAAUAAUAAAUUUACUAUUUGUCUAUUUUCUAAGAAUCCCAUAGUUAUUCUUGCGAUUAAUGCAAUACGAUUAGAGGCAAAUAUUGAUCAUUAGAUGUCAUCAAUGCGUAUUUACGAAUAUAAUACGCAUAAUGAAGGUGGUUAAAUUUAUUCCCCUCGAAAACUUCAAUUUGAAUAGAACCGCCAUAAUUUCUGUGAUAACAUCUUGUUUCAAAGAGGUUAUAACAAUCGGCAAGUUGUUUCAGCAUUUUGACGUAGAUGGCGGGACAAGUGACCUAAAUUAAUUUUGUAAAAAUCAAAUGGUAAGAAUAUAAGACACAUAGUAAGUUUAUAUUGUGAUACAAUUGUUACACAUAAUUAUAUAUAAUACUUAACAUUCGAUCCUGAAAUAUUUUAUGCCGGAUACAAAUAGAUUUACGUUAUCCUUGAAUAA